UAUUUACUAGUUGCGAACACAAUCAAGUGGAUCCCACUUUUACUCCGAUUCGCUACUGCGACAAUAAAAGAAAGAAAACGUAAAUACAGAGUAUUAAAUAAAAUAUAAAAAUAUCUCUGACAAUAUGUCAGGUUUAAUCGACAAAAGAAAAAGAAGUCGUGAAGAUGACAUCUGUGAUUCGACACCACUCUCUAAACGUAUCAAUCAGCUGCAUUUGACAAAUUUGGAUGAGCCCCAGCAGGCAAUUCAGCAAUUGCAUUUUAAUGACCCCACCAAACAAGUUGAUUUGUCUCAACUAUACAAUAACAAUUACAUCAAUAACAGUGCUUUAAAUAUGCAUUUGCAUAACAAGCAACCUCAGACAGCAGACGAACAGCAGCAACAAAUACAUUUGCACCAUCCUUAUGCACCCGAGCUCAACGAAGCUGAGAACCCAUUCUACUAUAUUAAAAAUAAGUUAUUGUAUGAAUUGCACUAUGAACGUCUAAAAAGAUGUGUUGUUUAGAGUGUUUAUGAAAAAAUAAAUUAGGUUAGUCAUGAAAAAA